AUGAUUAAAGUACAACAAGAAAACAAGAAGAAAAAUGGAAAGAAAAAUAAAAAAAAAAUGAUGAAAGUACAGUUAGAAAAUCAAAAAGAAAAUUUUUUGAGACUAGAAAACAGAAUACAAAAGUAUAAACAUGAUGUAAAGGGCUAUUUAAAAAUAAUAAAAAGAGACGUUAAUCAGAGGAUUGAAGAAACCCAUAGAAAACUGGAAACGCAGAAAAAAAAGGUUGAAGAUGUUCAAAAAGAAAUGAAACAAAUGGAAUGGAAAUAA